AUGUCUGAUCACAGCUCACCAGAUGCACCUCAGUCACCGCGUGAUUUGAGCUAUGACCCUGAUAGGUAUGAUUGGGAGGAUUUUGCCCGAGCUGGAGACGAUUGGGAAGACCAAGACAGGCACAUCUGCCUGCAUGACCAAUGCGACCUCUGUCUUCUCGAUAUGGCACCGGAUGAUUUGGCCAUCGCCGUAACGUGCGAAACACAUCUUCGCCCUUCAUACUGCACCAAGUUGUUCAGAUUUCCCGCCGGCAAGGAGGAGUUUCAACCUGAUGGAGAGAGGUGGAUUCUAUGUUGGGAUGCUAAAUGCAAUCAGUCAUCUGAAGUUGUGACGAUGCAUGCUUCCUGUUACCAACUCUUCUUUCAGCAUUACACUCAUGAUAACCCCCUCAAAGACAACAGCCUCGUAUCAGUGAGCCCCUCGAUUGCCGAAUCGUUGGGAAUACCGCAGCUGGCUCAACUGCCCCCAAGCCUUGUCCAAGAUAUCAGGUCCAUGUCUCCUGAUAGUCAAGUUUGGGCUUACUUGGCUAUCAAAGAUCGUGCAGAGGGGAUUUCAUCUGCAGCUGGCCGAGAUGACCUGUCUUGCAUGCUUGACAAAGUCGAGUCUUGGACUAGGGACGAGGGUGCACCUGUGAUGAGCGACAGCUUUGCUGGGGAUUGGAGUUUCCGGGUCUCGAUAGAUCGCCGCGGUAUACGCAACAUUGAAAGAAUCUUUGGUAUCUCUUCCUACGCAGGUUGGCGGAGUGAAAGCCUUGCCUUCGCUCUGAUACCCCCAGAUCAAGCAAUGAGAAGUUGUGUUGAUUUCAGGCUUGGAGCAGCUCGUCUUGAUCUAUGGGGUGGCAGGUCAGUCCUGUGGGAUACACCGAGUCCUCCUUUAGGGGGUAAAGUCUCAUGGUUCACCGCGUCUGGUCCAUCGCAAUUAAGCAAUGUGCGUCUGCGCAUGCUGGACUUGCGCAGCACCAGGGGCCUCACCUUCUUUUACGCUGGGUCUUCUCUGCGAGCUAUUCAUUCUCAUACGCCUCGCUUCCCAACUGCGUUGACGACAUAUGCGCGUUUGCCCGAACACGAUCGAAAGCAUGUGGUUUGGGCUCAUGUCCCUAUCUCACCUAACGAUCGAGUUAUCGGAUUAGGCAUACGAACAAGUGGCACGAAAGGUGGAUUCGCCUCACCCUCUGUUCUAAUUCGUACUGAGCUUGCUGGUGAUAUUGUCAUCGGCCCUCAGCCCAAGCCUGUUCACCACGACUUGCCUCUCGUCCUCAUUAAGGAUUACAGCUGCGACAUUAUACCGGAGUUUUUCGCAUACAGUUUACCUGAUAUUAACGGUGAAUAUAUGCUUCUCGCGGUGGCAGGAGAGUCAUGUGAACCUAACGCAGAAGGGAUCAUAUUUGGGUACGAGCAUGGUGCCCAGGGGGCUGUUGGUCAAUGCCGUAUCGGAAUUGACAAUGUAACCACCUACAUCAAUCCCACGGGGAUUUGUUACAGCGAUAUGAUGCGGGCUCAUUGCUGUGACGGCGAUGAUGAUUGUUCCAACGAAGAACAUGAACCUUCGGAGGAGAUGGAAUGCACAGCACAUCAAGGUUCCUCCAAGGUUGAAUGCUACAGUGGCGCAGAUGGCCAUCAUCACAACGAUAGUGAUGAGCAUGUGGUCUGCGUACCCAUCGAAGGGUACCUCGAUUGCCACUGGGAUGACCGAUGGACUCGACUGGAUGUAAAAGAACAUGCCCCUGAAGCCGUUGAGGCAAUAAUGCAAGUGGAUAUGAACGGCAGAAAUCCCCGCGUAUUCACGGUAUAA